CCCAGGGUAGGUGGAGCUUCCUGGACUAUAAAACGUUGAAGGCACAAAGUUUUCUCCGUGGAGAAAGAGAUCAGCUAAGGGAAGCUUUGCAGAAGGUAGAUGAUCCCCAGAGAAGAACUUGAUUAGUCCCUUGGAGCAGCAUCCCUAUUCCCCAUUUCAGCUGACUCCAGCUGGAAAUCUCCACCCCCCCAUCCAAUCACAAACUGCUGAAUUGUAUGAAAACAUGAUGAAACAAUCCACUUGGAAAUAUGUCUGGGAAACCAAAACUUACAUACUUCAAUGGCAGAGGAAGAAUGGAAUCCAUAAGAUGGCUGUUAGCAGCAGCUGGAGUUGAGUUUGAAGAAGCAUUUGUGGAAACAAGAGAACAGUAUUUGAAGUUAAUCAAAGAUGGAUACUUGCUGUUCGAUCAACUCCCAUUAGUAGAGAUGGAUGGGCUGAAGCUGGUCCAGACCAAGGCCAUUCUCAACUACAUAGCAGGGAAAUAUAACCUCCAUGGGAAGGACCUGAAAGAAAGAGCCCAAAUUGACAUGUAUGUGGAAGGAACGAUGGACCUGAUGGGAAUGAUUCUGAUGUAUCCUUUCUCCACACCUGAGCAAAAAGAAAAGCAACUUGCUUCAAUCAUUGAGAAGGCCACUACCAGGUACUUUCCAGUCUAUGAAAAGGCUCUGAAACAGCAUGGACAGGAAUUUCUUGUUGGCGGUUGCUUCAGCUGGGCAGACGUACAGCUGCUUGAAGCAAUUUUAAUGGUAGAGGAGAAGAAGGCUGAUGUUCUUGCAGCCUUUCCUCAGCUACAGGCUUUCAAAGCAAGAACAAGCAACGUUCCCACGAUAAAGAAGUUCAUGCAGGCUGGAAGCCAAAGGAAACCGUCCCCUGGCGAUGCAUAUGUAGCAACUGUGCUGAAAGUUUUAAUGAGUGACUAAGAAGUGUUGCAUCAUUCCUCAAGGCUACUUGCCAGAAUCGCUGCAAAUACUGAACAUCAGCAGACAUUUUAAAUGAAAUUAUUACCUUGUAGCAUUAAAAGCAAUAAGUGACAAUGCAGAA